CAGUCCGGAGUGGCUGUCCGACACGGUACGGUCAAAAUGGGUCUCUUUCCAUUCUCACCAUUGGUUGUAGCGAUUCUCCUUACGGCGAGUGUUCUGGGAGCCGUCCAAGUGUCCGUGCCGACACCGGAAAUCGAAUCAACGACUAACAUCUGGAGCACGGAGGAUGAAGAUUUGGCCGACCGGAAGGUGGCAGAGUGUGUUGUGGAGGGUCAGCAUCCGGCAAUCGACUCGGCCCUCCUCCGUGGACACUGCCCACUGGCGGUGGAACAACUUCGCGUACCCGUUGGAGCACUUGCGGUGCAAGAGCAGGCAUUCGCAUCGUACACCAAUCUAACCUCACUUCAUUUGGACAACAACUGGCUGGCCGACGUACCGAAGAAGGCUCUCGCGGGUCUGCCUGCCCUGAAGUCGCUGUCAAUUAGCGGCAAUCGGUUGCCGUCCGUACGGAGCGACGUGUUCCUGGAUGUGACACAGUUGGUGUGGCUGUCGUUGAGUGACAACGCCAUAACGUUCAUCCAGCCGGACUCACUGGAGGCACUGGAGAGCUUAACAUUUCUCAAUCUGAGCUGGAAUCGGAUCGCUACACUCGAAGGAAACUGGUUACAAGCGUUACAUCGAUUGCAGGUGCUCGAUCUUAGCUACAACAACGUCGCCCAGCUGAAGCCAACCACAUUCCAUACGCUCGAGGCGUUAACGGAGCUAC